GCUCAGAGGCAAGCUCAAGACUGCUUCAUGAACUUCAAGUUUGAUUUUGUCUGGAUAGUCACAUUCUCUACAUGUGAAAAAGAUGCUGUUGGCUAGAAAGGCGCAAAAGGCGUGCCCGAAUUGUAGAGCGCAGCUUUUAACCUUGUUUGAGAACGGAUUCGUCAAUACUCCUGUGCAAUCGCAACGUUCGGCGUCGUUCCCCAACCUAAAGUCGAGAACAGCCAGGAAUCCCACGAACCGGUCGUUUUCGACAACCAAACGCAAGCGUCAAGAUGCGAAACCCGAAAAACGUCUCGCAAGUCCAGAAAAUACAGAGGAUAUCGAGUUGGUUGUGCGACAAGCGAAACAUCAAUUCGGCAAUACGCUACCAAAGGGCUACUUGAACGAGGAGGAAUUGAAGCUAUACACCCGGCUCUAUGGCCCGCCAUUGCGAGAAACGAGGCCAGAAGACGUGGGAAUGCCCAUCACAAAGGCUCUUCUCAAUGAAACGCAUAAGUACAUCCUCGUGAACAAUAAGAAUGCCUUGUUCAGGGAGAACGAGGAGGGCGAGCUCGAGGAAAUUCCGUACCACCCGGAGAAUGCGACGCUGGAGGCGGAGGAUGUUGUAGAUGCAGAAGCGCAGGCAGAGGAGUUCGAACUGCCUUCAGAUGCCGGUAUCGACUACAUCAAAGCAGUAGCAAAGAAUAAGCGAGAGUUCUAUGCUCUCAUGAAGCUGCAGAAGGACUUUGAAACCGCAAGUUUGCUCCGUCCCGAAACCGAAGAAAUCGAAGCGCAACCCGAAGACGAAUUGGUCGUGGAUGAGGUUGCGGAACAAGAGGAGGAAAAUGAAGAGGAAGACGAGGGCGAGACAGAUCCCGAGUUUGACCCACACCACCGCGUCCACGCCCUUACGGAGGUUGGCCAAUGGAGGACGAAUCCAAGUACAAUGCACUUUCCAAAAGCCCAGUUUAUCAACCCAAUCCAAACGAUUCUGGGUCGCACUGAUAUCAAACACGUCAAGGAGGCAGCUGAGAAGGCAUUUGGAGGCCUUGGCCUUCCUCACUCGGUUGCCACCCCUCAAAAUGGCAAGAGUCAAGGACAGAAACCGAUACCAAUGGAGGCAGGGCACCAUAAGAUGAGCGAGAUCGAGGCAGACGCGUUCAUCGCCACGAAUCUCCCAGGAAUGUAUGCCUCGGUUAUGAGCAUUCUAGUGGAAAUUCGGAAACGAAUGGGGCCAGAAUGGAUACAGGGGCUACUAAGCAGAAGCAAUGGCGAAGGCCCCCGUGUCCUCGAUGCGGGUGCAGGUGGAGCUGGAUUGGCUGCUUGGGAGCAAGUAUUGCAGACCGAGUGGGAGCUGCUUCAUGGUGUAGAGGGCAAGGCGGCCAUGGGCCCUCCUGGGAAGAAGACGGUCGUGGUUGGAUCCGAUCACCUCCGCCACCGAGUAUCACGUUUCUUAAACAACACAACUUUUCUCCCGCGUCUGCCAGACUACCUCCACUCCGGCGUACUGGCCGAGAAGAUGGACGAUAGCGAAGUGUCGCCGCUACGGAAAUCGUACGACAUAAUCAUCGCAUCCCACCUCAUAAUGCCCACGAAAACAGAUUUUAAACGCAGAGCUUUACUUGACAACAUCUGGGAGAUGCUUUCACCCGACGGAGGAAUCCUUAUCGUCCUCGAGAAGGGUCACCCGCGCGGCUUCGAAGCAGUAGCUGACUUUCGCCAUCGCCUCAUUAACGAGUUUAUCGAGUCACCAACAUCUGACCCGCAACCCGACGAUCUGCCGCUCGAGCGUCAACGCGUCCGCGAACCCGGCAUGAUCAUUGCCCCGUGCACAACCCACAAGAAAUGUCCCAUGUACUCAACGCCUGGUCUCGCCCAUGGGCGCAAGGAUUUCUGCCGUUUCAGUCAGCGGUUCAUCCGCCCACCAUUCCUUCAGAGGAUUCUUGGCGCUACCCACCACAACCACGAGGACGUAGACUUCUCCUUCGUCGCUGUACAGCGGGGAGUCACAUCCUCUUCGCCAAGUCCAGCAUCAGUCGAGGACAGCCUUGACGUCAAUGAAGCCGCCUUCGCCGGAUUUGAACAUGCAGCCGAACCACCCAACCCGCUAUCUCUACCACGAAACGUCCAGCCACCACUCAAACGUCGCGGCCACGUCACGCUUGAUCUCUGCACGCCGGCCGGCAUGAUCGAGCGGUGGACCGUGCCCAAGUCAUUUUCGAGGCAAGCCUACCACGACGCGCGGAAGACGAAGUGGGGCGACCUCUGGGCUCUGGGCGCAAAAACUCGCGUCGUUCGAGCGAUCCGGCUCGGCAAAGGCGGCGUCGGGCCUGCUGACGACGGUAUUCGAGCUCGCAGGGCUGAAGAGGCGGCUAAGGGCAAGGGCAAAGUCCGAGUCAUCAACCUGGACUCUGAUUCUGGGGGUCUGUUCCAGGCGAGCGAGAAGAAGGGUGUUGUGGGCGAGACGGGUCGUCUAGGAGGUCGGGGCCCGGCACCGGCGGAACGCCGGACAAAGGGCGGUAAGAAGUUGAGGCAGAGGAAGGUUAGUAAUUUGUUGGAUGAGGAGAUGUAAAGACCAUCAUAGAAUGAUUGGGCUGCGUUACACGAAUUUUCGAGGCUUGUAAAAUACUGGGUAUAUCAUCUAAAAAGGGGGAGGAAGGGGGGAAGGGGGAAUCUCCGUGUAUUAGCAAGUUUGUAAUGGUAAACGGGAAAAGGAACUCCACUUAGAUGGGCACGUACAUCAUGAGCCAAACAAGCUGACUUUAGCCUGUUGGUAUUGAUACGAGUAACUCGCUGCUAUUUUCUCU